AUGUUAGGUAGUAAAGUAGAACUUCAAUACAGUGGUAGAAAAAAGCAGUGUUGGCGCUGCGGGAGUUUGACCCACGAAAUUAAAGAAUGUAACCAAAAACUUUGCCACAGAUGUAAAAGUCCUCACCAUCUGGUGAGAGACUGCCCAUGCUGCUACAGCUGCUACAAAAUACACGAAGCCGACGAACAAUGCCCCGAACAAACCCUCAACGAGAUAUAUAGAAUGGGAGGGAGGAACAAAAAUAAAGAAAAAAAACGCGAAAAAAGCUUAGAAAGAUUAACAAAAAAAAAGGAUAUAGAAACAGAACAAGAUAAAAUAAUAGAAGAUAAGAUAGAGAACAAUGAUAACAACACGAAAGAAAAUAACAAUAAUAAUGAAAUAAAUAAAGAGUAUAAGAGUCAAUAUAUAAUAGGUCAAGAUACCAAUGAACAAACAGAUGCGACAAACACAAACACAAAACUAGACAAUAAGGAAAAUAGAACCAACGAUAAAGAAAAAAGUAUAGAGGAGAGAUUAGAAGAGCAAAUGAAUGAGACAGUUGUCAGGGAAAAAAUUUUAGCUAUAAGUCUAGACGCAAGCCUUACAAAAGACGAGCUUCUAGAGGAGGUAGAAAAUAUAAUAAAAACGACAGACAAAAAGAAAGUAAGGAAAAGCAAAAGAAAAGCGGUACAAAACAAUAAUUAA